AUGUCCAACUCGGCUCUCCCUGACCUGAACGUGGGCACGCUCUUCUCGCAAGAGGGAAAGGUCGUCGUGAUCACGGGCGGCGGAACCGGUCUGGGCCUGAUGAUGGCCACUGCGUUUGUGCAGAAUGGCGCCAAGGUCGUCUACAUUGCCUCGCGCAAGCUCAAGAACCUCGAGGGAGCUGCAAAGAUGCUCAAUGGCAUCCGCGAGGGCUCCGCCGUCCCGCUUGAGGCCGAUCUGACCACGGCAAAGGGCUGCCAGGCGCUGGGGGACGAGAUCAAGCAGAGAGAGAGCACUGUCGAUGUGUUGAUCAACAACAGCGGCGUGUCGUGGGGCAGCGAGAUGGAGAGCACCGACGAGAAAAAGGGCUGGGACAGGGUGUUCGAUGUAAACGUCAAGUCGCUGUUUUAUCUCACCGUUGCUCUCCUUCCUUUGCUCGAGAAGAACACGAGCCCAAGCUCACCUGCUAGCGUCAUCAACAUUUCUUCCAUCUACGGCAGCCUCCCCUUUGCAAACAUGCCGACGCUGCCAGUGGCGUCGAUGGGUGCAUGGUCCUACCUCGCCUCAAAGGCCGCCGCCUCGCACUUGACACGCACCCUCAGCGUCAAGCUCAAGCCACGCAACGUAAACGUCAAUGCGCUCGCUCCAGGCUUCUUCCCCAGCAACAUGACGAGCACCGCAAGGGACGACUCGCUCGCGCGCUCCCACCCGGCCGGCCUUGCUGGCGAGGCAAAGGACAUUGCCGCGCCCGCGCUCCUCCUUGCCGGCUCGGGCGGCGCUCACCUCAGCGGCAUCACCAUCACAACUGACGGCGGCGCCUCCCUCGUGCCGCCGCAUGUCUUUCCCAAGGACAUUGCAAAGCUUCACAUGCCUCCUGAGCGCUUCGAGCGGCUCCUGGCAAAGCUGUGAGCAUUCCUCCAACUAGCUGGUCUUUAAUGACAUGCACAAGUCGUACGUGAGAGAGACAAGGCAUUGCAGAGUUGCAUGAAGCUUCUGUUACAGGACGAGCCU